GUAACAGCUCCGCGCCUCCACGCCCUGGCCCGUGUGGCUUUGGGCAGGUUAUAUAACCACUGCCCUCAGCCCAGUUUCUUCUCCUGUGAAAUGGAGCUUUAGUGCCGCCCAGCAGGGUUGUUGGGAUAAUUCAGUGACUCUGUUGACUGCCCAGCACAUGUGAAUUGCUUUCCUCGAUGUUGGGUGAAGGCCUGUGAGCGUGUGCCCUUCUGCUUCAGGAUCCCAAGCCUUUAGUGUUUCAGAGGGAUGAUAGAAGGAAGUCCCAUUUAUUGAUGCAGGGGGUUUUGUUGUAAGGGACUCUGGGAACUAAGUGCUUCCAGUGUAUUCGCAAAGUUCUAAGUGAGAGACAAUGAUUAACAUUCAAGGCAGGAUGACAAGCGGUGAUCAAUUUUAGAACCACCUAGACAUGGCAUCAGGAUCCCAAAAUCACGACACAGAUUUUAAAGCUUUUGAUACAUUCACUUAGUCCCUAGAAAAAGUAGCUCUCAGCUGCGCAUGGUGGCUCACGCCUGUAAUCCCAGCACUUUGGGAGGCUGAGGCGGCUGAUCGUCUGAGCUCAGGAUCUCGAGACCAGCCUGGGCAGCAUAGUGAGACGAACAUAACCAACACCCUUCCCGUCUUAAAAAAAAAAAAAAAUAGCCGGACCUGGUAGCAUUCACCUGUAUUCUCAACCACUUGGGAGGCUGAGACAAGAGAAUUGCUUGAUUCCGGGAGGUCGAGGCUGCAGUAAGCUGAGAUCGAACCACUGCCCUCCAGCCUGGGUGACAGAGCAAGACCCUGUUUCUAUGAAAGGAAAAAGGUCGUUCUCAUCUUAAAAGUUUGUCAGCCUAAAACCAACCCCUAGUUGCCAUGUAUUGGUGACAUUAGAUACUGAUGUUUACUUGGGACUUAAUUCAGCCCAUCCUAGCCUCUCCUUGCUAAAAUAGUUUAAGCGUUACCUCACAGGAAAGUACGAAAAAAGGUGUUUUGCUUUAGAUUCCCAAGGAAGGCUGUGGUGGUAUGCAGUAAGCAGGCAGCAGCCCCAUGGCUGGGGGUUAUGGAGUGAUGGGUGACGAUGGUUCUAUUGAUUAUACUGUUCACGAAGCCUGGAAUGAAGCCACCAACGUUUACUUGAUAGUUAUCCUUGUUAGCUUCGGUCUCUUCAUGUAUGCCAAAAGGAACAAAAGGAGAAUUAUGAGGAUAUUCAGCGUGCCACCUACAGAAGAAACUUUGUCGGAGCCCAACUUCUAUGACACGAUAAGCAAGAUUCGUUUAAGACAACAACUGGAAAUGUAUUCCAUUUCAAGGAAGUACGACUGUCAGCAGCCACAAAACCAGGCUGACAGUGUGCAGCUCUCAUUGGAAUGAAACCUCAGAAAAUGAGCAACAUAAGUAAUUGUUGCAAGCUCCUAAUUCUUUCUACUAAAUCAUGAACAGCUUUAAAAACAACUUCUGUCUGCAUAAAAUUAUUUUACUUGUGACUUUUUCCCAACUGUUUUGUCCUUUUUGCUUUUUUAAAUUGCGUCUCCAAGUCAUUGUUAGGUAAAUACAAAUGGCUCAGAAGGCCUUGACACAGGAAGCCUGCACAUAUCAAGGAUCUAUGUAACCAGUGAUGAUGACUUUACCUUGCAAAGACCUCUGAUUCCUUCAGGAUACAAUCAGAAAUAAAAACACAUCUUGGGAAGCGGGAAUCCUGGAGUUUAUGCCACUGUGAUUAGAACGUUUUGCAAUGUUAAAAAAUAAAAAUGCAGCCAUUGGAAUAACUUCCUCUUUGAUUAUAUUCUGCGAUAAGUGUGAUAUCAAUAACAGAUUAAUUUGUUGUGAUUAGAACAUUUUGCAAUAUUAAAAAAUAAAAAUGCAGCCAUUGGAAUAA